UUUACAAAUCCAACCAUUUGUCUCCCUCCUCCGAAUACAACACCACCCUACACUCUGCCAGUCGAGAGACCCAUCAUCGUCUUCUCUCUCUCUCUCUCUCAAAAUUCGUUCUUUCCAAGACAUUGCUCCAACUUUCUCACCUCAAUUCGAACCCAUCUAAACCUCUUCGGAACGAUCCAUUCCUCGAAUCCCCUCGUAAUAGUUCCAUCUGUAUCUUGAACGUUGCAUUUGUUGUUCUCAGGAGUGCGAGUAUAGAUCAUGAAGCGCGAGUUAGCUUUCGCAUUGCAGACUCAGUCUCAACUCACUGGUUCGCUGGGUCGAACUCGAGCGUCGAGGUUUCAGAUUCAGGGUGAUGACUUGAACGGUGUGUCUGAGGAUCCAAGCAGCAAAAGGAUCAAGGAUUGUGGUUUGAACGAAUCGGAGUUGAAAGAGAAAUCGGAGAGAAAUGGUUUGAUUGAUCAGAAUCAAGAGAGGAAGGUAUGUGGUGGUAGUUCAUGUAAUGGCAUUACUAGAUGUAGGAGAUCCAGUAGGUUAAACAAAACAGAUUCAGAGUUUGAAACUGAAAUUGGGGACAAAUCUAAGUGCAAUUUGGUAACUCUUAAUUGUGAAGACCAGAACAAGGGUGAGUUGGCUGAGACUUCAAUUAAGGAUGAUUUGAAAUACGGAAACAAAAACCCUAGUGUGCCAAUGGUAGUGGAUGAGUCUAAUGGGGUAAAAAACAGUGAGAAUAAGAAUAAGAAUAAGAAUAAUGUGCCGGUUAAAGUUCCGAGGAGAUUUACGAGGUCAGCUUUGAAAUCAACAUCAAAUGUGGAACUGGUGGAGUGUUCGUUGUCGGCCGCCGCUGGGUCUAGAUUGUUCGAUGGUGAUGAGAAUAAAUCAGGUUUGAAUGCUGAGGUGAAUGAAAGUUCCGUGGUUAGUGCUUUGGAGACUCCAACAAAGAAGUUGGAACUGAAAAUGUCGAAAAAGAUUGCAUUGGGGGGGAAACCUAGUUCGAUUAAGGAGCUUUUUGCGACUGGUUUGCUCGAGGGGUAUUCAGUUUUUUACAAUGGUGGUAAGAAGGGACUUGCUCUUCGGGGAGUGGUUAAGGACAUUGGGAUCUUGUGUUUUUGUAGUUUGUGCAAGGGAUCCAGAGUUGUUAGUCCUUGUCGAUUUGAGAUCCAUGCUUGUAAAUCAAACAGAUGUGCAUCAUAUUAUAUAUACCUUGAGAAUGGGAAAAACCUCCUACAGGUGUUGAAGGCUUGCAAGGAUUCUCCUCUGGAAACGUUAAAAGAAACGAUUCAGAGUGUCAUUGGUUCAUUGCCUGAAAAGGAACCUAUUAUUUGUCAAAAUUGCAAAGGGUCUUUUCUAGCAACAUCUGCUGAGGUGAAGCAACUUUGUGAGUCGUGUGUGGUUUCAAAGAACUUGGAAGCCUCCCCAUGUGAUGCAACUGAAACUGAUACAAAUGCUAGGUCCUUGAAACCAGAUUUGACUCCAAAAUAUUCUGGAAAUUCUUCAGUAGAUAUUUUUUCACAAAAUAAGAGUCAAGUGAGGAUAACACGAAAUUCCUCAAGAUCAGCACCAGUUGCACAGUCCUCUGCAAGUGCUUCAGUACGAAUUUCUUCAAAAAUUAACAGUCAGGGAAAGAUAACAAAAAAGUUUUCAAAACACUUAUCUGCUCGAAAGUCGUACGGAAGGGCUUCAGUGCGUGUUUUAUCACAAAAUAAGAGUCAACGGAAGAUUACGGAAAAGUCAUCAAAAGCUGCUUUCAUUUUGAGGUCAUCAAAAAGUGCUUCUCUAUGUAUCUCUCCACAAAAGAAGAGUAAAUGGAAGAUAACCAAAAAAGAUCUGCGGUUUCAUAAAUUGGUUUUUGAGGAAGGUGGAUUACCUGAUGGAACUGAAGUGGCAUAUUAUUCUCGCGGGCAGAAAUUGCUUGAGGGUUAUAAAAGGGGCCUGGGGAUAUUUUGUCGUUGCUGCAACUCUGAGGUCAGCCCUUCACAGUUUGAAGCUCAUGCUGGUUGGGCUUCACGCAGAAAACCCUAUGGAUGCAUUUACACAUCAAAUGGGGUGUCUCUCCAUGAAUUUGCAAUAUCCCUAUUGAAAGGUCGUAAGUAUCGUGCUAAGGAUAGUGAUGACCUGUGCAUCAUUUGUGCUGAUGGUGGGAAUCUCUUGCUUUGUGAUGGAUGCCCAAGGGCAUUCCAUAAAGAAUGUGCAUCGUUAUCAAGCAUUCCUCGUGGUAAAUGGUACUGUAACUAUUGUCAGAAUAAGUUCCAAAGGGAGAAGUAUGUGGAGCAUAAUGCUAAUGCUGUAGCAGCUGGAAGGGUUUCAGGAGUUGAUCCUAUUGAACAGAUAACAAAGCGAUGCAUUCGAAUCGUAAAAAAUCCCGAAGAUUCUGAGGUGGUUGCAUGUGUUUUGUGCAGAGGUUAUGAUUUUAGCAAAUCUGGAUUUGGUCCUUCCACAGUUAUUGUUUGUGAUCAGUGUGAGAAGGAAUACCAUGUUGGCUGCUUGAAGAAACAUAAAAUGGCAGAUCUAAAGGAAUUACCAAAGGGCAAGUGGUUCUGCUGCAUGAAUUGCAGGAGGAUCUCUUCCGCUUUGCAGAAUUUGCUGGUUCGUGGUGACGAGAAGAUUCCAGACUCACUUUUGGAUGUUAUAAAGAAGAAGCAUGUGGACAAAAUUUCUGAUACUAUCACUGAUUUUGAUGUGAGAUGGAGGCUUCUCAGUGGCAAAAUUGCUUCUCGUGAAACUAGAUUGCUGCUCUCAAAUGCUGUUGCUAUAUUUCAUGAUUGUUUUGACCCUAUAGUUGAUUUAGCAACUGGACGCGACUUUAUUCCAUCAAUGGUUUACGGAAGAAACAUCAGGGGCCAAGACUUUGGAGGAAUGUAUUGUGCAGUAUUAACAGUCAACUCAUUUGUUGUAUCGGCUGGAAUCUUCAGAGUUUUUGGACAGGAAAUUGCAGAGCUACCUCUAGUUGCGACAUGUAAUAGUAACCAAGGCAAGGGCUACUUCCAGAUACUAUUCUCCUGCAUUGAGAAACUGCUUGCAUUCUUGAACGUGAAGAGUUUGGUGCUCCCUGCUGCUUACGAAGCAGAAUCCAUAUGGACAAAUAAAUUCGGCUUUGAAAAGAUACCACCAGAUCAACUUAGCGAAUACAGAAAAAACUGUUGGCAAAUGUUGACCUUCAAGGGAACAUCUAUGCUACAUAAAAUGGUUCCCCAUUGUAAUAUUAUUCAGCAAGACAUUGAUAUAUCUAUGGAAACCAGUUGAAUGCAGUGAAGCAACCUACCAACAAAAAAAAAAAAAGAAUGCAUUGAAGUCCAUUUUUUUUGACAGGAGGCUUCAUCUUCUAAUGUAAAUUGGUAGGGUAUUUUGGUGAGAUUUAAUUAUUGUCAACUGUGUCAACAAAACAUUGGAAAUGAGAUGGUAGUAGUAGGGAACGUUUAUGUGGUUGUGAUAUGAACAAAGUUAAAUGGUUUCGUUGUUGAUAUUUUUGCUUGCUAAUUGUAUCUUGUAAUUUGUUAGGCUAGGUUUACUAUUACUUAUU